AUGUUUGGAAAAAAAACUUCGAUAUUUAAAAAAAAUAAGAAUGACGAAUCAAAAUGGCACGAUGAUGACACCUUGAUCGAUGAGAGCAAAUAUAACAAUUCUAGGUCUCGUCCUGAGGGUUCUGUAACCUCAUCACUUUUACAAAAAUUAAACAGUAUGAAACUUGAAGAUGAACGUCUUAAACGAUAUGAGGAUGAUUUAAAAAGUUCAGAGACCAGGAUUGCUGCUUUACGUGAAAAACGUGAAAAGAUUAUAACUUCUACGCUUA